AGUUCGUAGCUUUAUGGUCGAAACCUCAUUCAGAAGGAGCUAUGCGAGAUGGGGUUUGAUCUGGAGUCUUUAUCGGAGGCUGCCUCGGGAGCCGUCGGGGCUCUGGUGAGCACCACCAUCUUGUACCCUCUUGACACAUGCAAGAGCAAGUAUCAGGCUGAAGUUCGAGCUCAUCAUCACCAGAAGUACAGGAGCAUUUCUGAUGUUCUAUGGGAAGCAAUUUCAACCCACCAGGUUCUUUCAUUGUACCAGGGCCUUGGGACCAAGAAUCUUCAGUCCUUUAUAUCACAGUUUAUAUACUUCUAUGGAUACAGCUUCUUUAAAAGACUUUACUUGGAGAAAAGUGGAAGGAAGACUAUUGGAACAAGAGCAAACUUGCUCAUUGCUGCUGCUGCUGGGGCUUGUACCGUUAUCAUUAUACAGCCCCUAGAUACAGCAUCCUCAAGGAUGCAGACAAGUGAAUUUGGGAAGUCCAGAGGACUUUGGAAGACACUUUCAGAGGGCACUUGGAGUGAAGCAUUUGAUGGCCUUGGCAUAUCCCUUCUCCUGACAUCAAAUCCAUCUAUUCAGUAUACUGCAUUUGAUCAGUUGAAACAAAGGCUACUAAAGGCACGUCUAAAGAGAAAAAGAGGUCCGGGGUCAUCCCCAGAAGCUCUCUCAGCCUUCUCCGCCUUCAUGUUGGGUGCUGUUUCAAAGUGUAUUGCAACCUUCUUGACUUACCCAGCAAUCAGGUGUAAGGUCACUAUUCAGGCUGCAGAGUCUGAAGAAGAGAAAACUGAUGCAGCUCAAUCAAAAGAUCAGAAAUCAAUUUCAGGUGCAGUCUAUGCCAUUUGGAAAAGGGAAGGCCUGCUGGGAUUUUACAAAGGAAUAGCUGCUCAGAUCCUAAAGACCGUGCUUGGCUCAGCCUUGCAUUUAAUGAUAAAGGAGAAGAUCUCAAAAACCACAUGGGUUCUAAUGCUUGCACUCAGGAGGUUUCUAUUAAUGACCCCUACCAGAUUAAAGGGAGUUUGAUAACAAAUAUAAUCCAGUUAAAAAAAAAAAAAGAGGCUCCAGCAUUUCUCCAGGGAAAAUCUAGCAACUGCCAAAAUCACUGAUGGGCACUGUAAGCCAAUUCUGCUUCUUGCGAGGGAAAUUCUGAUGAUUUAGGCUUGUGUAAACGUUGUAGUAAAUUCUUCUACAUGUCCUGGACUGCUAGGUAAUAAAUAUGAAAAGUAUUUCAUGUAUUUCUUGGGUAUGUUCUCAUUGUUGCACUCAUUUUAGCAUAAAACGUGCAUAAUCUU